UCCUCCCUCUGUCGCCCAAUCUCCACCUCCACCUAUCCCCUCAUAGUCGAGACAUCCAUCCCCUUCACCCCGCACAAGUGCGAGCCGCCUUCCCGCUCAGUCAAGACCAAUCCCCAGGAGCUCCUCACCUUCUUUCGCGAUAGGCGGUGGUGA